CUGUGCCUCCAAAGACAGAGGCAAAGGCCAAGGCACUGAAGGCCAAGAAGGCUGUCCUGAAGGGGGUUCACAGUCACAAGAAGAAAAAGAUCCGCACAUCGCCCACCUUUCGCAGGCCCAAGACUUUGCGACUGCGGCGGCAGCCCAAGCACCCCCCGAAGAGCGCCCCACCGAGAAACAAGCUGGACCAUUAUGCCAUUAUCAAGUUCCCUUUGACCACAGAGUCAGCAAUGAAGAAGAUAGAGGAUAACAAUACUCUAGUUUUCAUCGUUGAUGUCAAGGCAAACAAGCACCAGAUCAAACAGGCUGUCAAGAAGCUGUACGAUAUUGAUGUGGCCAAGGUCAACACAUUGAUCAGGCCUGAUGGGGAGAAGAAGGCUUAUGUCCGACUGGCUCCAGAUUACGAUGCGCUGGAUGUAGCCAACAAGAUUGGAAUCAUCUAAACUGCAUCUACCAAGGACUGUACAGACAGGAUAAUAAACCCUGUGACACCA